AUGGCAUCUAAUAACAUGUACAGAGUUGGAGAUUUCGUUUACUUCGAGGCUACGGCUUCUGCACCGUACCAGAUUAGGCGUAUUGAGGAGCUGAAUAAGGAUGGAUUAUCAUCUAGCGGCGAGCAUUUUUCAAACGAAAAGCUUCAUCAGGUUAGUUAUAUUUGUCUUCAUUUACAGAUUGAACACCGCGAACUCUUCAUCUCCCGUCAUCUGGAAACGCUACCUGCAACUCAUAUUCGAGGGAAAUGCACCGUUACUCUCCAUAAUGAAACGGAGUCAUGCAAUAGCUAUCUAAACAAAGAAGAUGCUUUCUUUUUUCAAUUGGUAUAUGAUCCGAUGCAAAAAACGCUACAGGCUGAUAAAGGCUCUAUUCGUAUCGGACAAGAUUUAACAGAUGAUCCGCCUGACCCUCGUGAGCAUUUGAUGUGGAGACCUAACACCAAUAUAACAACAAGCGAAAUAGAAUCUUUUCUUGUAUGCGCUCGCUCAUUGGCUACAUUAGGAAGAGCUUAUAAUCCACCUGCAGCUCUCAGACAGCCUGGUCUAGUCAUGUCGGCAGCUGCGGCAUCUCGUGAUGCUACUCAUCAGCAAGCUUUGAACACUCUGCAUCGUGCUGACUAUGAUAUUCUCAGGGCACUCCACCUUCUGGCCCCUGAUGGACAGCCAUUUCUCAAGCUUGAUGAAAUGGAAGAAUGGUCUGCAAGUGAAGGUAAUCUGUUUGAAGAAGCUUUGGAUAAAUACGGCAAAUGCUUCGGUGAUAUUCAUAGCGAUUUCCUUCCAUGGAAAAUGCCCAAAGUACGUAAUUCUUAA